AUGGCAUGUUAUCUUAUAGAAGUAGAUAACUAUGGAAAUUCUCUAUCCAUCUCACUUAACGGUCCUCUUAUGGGUGCCAUGGGGAAUAGACCCACCCAAUGCAUGAUGUGGUCAAAUUUGCUGACAUUAAAAGUUGCUGUGGUCUCUUAUUCCUCCCUUUCUACGCUUGAUCAUCAUUUCACCAAAACUGACAACUCUCUGUUGACCCUAAUGGUUUUGUUAAAUUCCUUCCAGACUGCAGAGAUGCCAGAUUUCUAUGCAGAAGGUGAGUAUGACCUUAGCGGGUUUGCUGUUGGCAUUGUUAGAAAGGACUCGGUGAUUCAUGGGGAAAACAUUGUGGCUGGGGAUGUUCUCAUUGGUUUGCCAUCAAGUGGAGUCCAUUCCAAUGGAUUUUCUCUCCAAGCAGGUUUCCUUUCAAGUUUUGACUUGAUUAGCAAGGGUGGUGUAAAGGGCAUAGUUCACAUCACUGGAGGUGGUUUUACAGAUAACAUACCAAGAGUUUUCCCAAAAGACCUUGGAGCUUCUAUAUACAAGGAGUCAUGGGAAGCCCCAGCCCUUUUCAAAUGGAUCCAAGAGGCUGGAAGAAUAGAAGAUGCUGAGAUGAGUCGGACUUUUAACAUGGGUAUUGGGAUGGUGACUGAGGAAGCAUCCCUCAAAGUUCUUGAGGAGGGACAACACAAGCCAUAUCGCAUUGGCGAGGUUGUAUGUGGUGAAGGAGUGAGAUAUUGCUAAAAUACUACCACAUGUUUUUAAACAUAUAUGUGCUCGUGGAGAUGAUCGAUAUAGAGAGUUGCGGCUUUUUCUUUAUUCCUGUAACAUGAGCUGCCCAAAUUAUUUUUUUUUUAUGACAGAGCUGCCAAAGAAUCUUAGUGUUAAGACGGUGGGACAAUUCUAUACAGAAUUCCCUCCCUUUUUAGCCUAAAUGUAAUUCAUGGUUUGAUAAUCAAUUCUUCACUUGAUAA